AGGGAUACACAUUAGAUCACUGUUGUGAAUGAACAGAAUGUUCUAUCACUUUCGAAUUCGAUCUGUCAAAUUUCACGUAUUCGCGUUUGGCGCUCAUUCUCUUAAUGAAAUUUUUAGUCGUACACGAGCCAGCAUCCACAGUACAUGUUGUUCAUAAGCAUUGCGCAAUUUAAUUCAUUUCUAUACCUUUCGUAAUUUUCAUAUCAAACAAAAAUUCAAUUUAUUAAGUCGAUUUGGAUUUCUACAACGAAAGAAUGGCGAUGUCAGUGGCUUCGAACACGGCCAAAUUCAAUUAUAAAAUUUCGAAACUGAGUGAGUUAGAUGCACAAUUCACACCCGAAGUUAUGGUCCAAGGCAUUCCAUGGCGUGUUAAAUUCAAAAAGGUAAGUGACGAAGGAGAGGAAUGGUUCGGCAUUCGAUUAUGGUGUACGAAUAAAAAUAAAACACGCGAUUGGUCACACGCUGCUUUUGCCACAGUUAAACUAUUGCCAUUCAAGAAAAAUGUGGAACCAAACAAAGGCUACAUUCCACCGUAUAUUUUCGGUAACUCAAAUCGCAUUUUGGGCAUCAAUUUCAUCGAAUGGGAACGGUUGACGAAUGUUGAAAAUGGAUUUGUUCGAAAUGACACCAUCCAGAUGAAGAUUAAAAUCGAAGUUGCUGAUGCAAAUGAUAAAGAUAAAAGCACUUUGAAGCUCGAUGUUCUCGACAAUUGUUGUGGACUUGGUAGUUAUACAUCUUUCCGAUUGACUAUUUCCAAUAUCGAUGCAUUGGCGGCUGUUGGAACGCCCGAAUUCAUGUUGCGUGGUCUACGUUGGAAAAUGUCGAUUUACAAUGAUGCAUCGAAAUGGUUGGGCGUUCGAUUGGAGAUCCUUGAAGAUGAUGAUACUGACGAAGUUACAUACAACACCACAGCUGUCGUCAAGCUUAUUUCGACAAAAGAUGACACUAAGACAAUUAAGCGUGUACUCGAGGAAGAUGUGAACAAACAUGAUAUUUUGGAUGAAUGCGAAUUUGUAUCAUGGGAAGAUUUAUUUGAUGAUCAAAACGGGUUUGUUCGCAAUAUCAUAGCAAAACAACCUGAUUAUGCCGGUCAAUGUGGCAAUAAACGCCAAUUGGCCAAUGGUCAAAAUGAAGAUGCAAAGCUGUUGAAAUUGGAAUGCUCAAUCUGUAUGGAAGUCAUUCGCGAUCAAGAAGUGUCAUCACUCCGUUGCACCCAUCUGUUUUGUACAAGAUGCAUCGAAGAUGUCAUCAAAGCUCGCAAAAAGUGUCCAAUCUGCAAUGCUGCAGCCAAAUUGACUGAUUUACGGCGCACUCGUUUGCCACUCGCAAACUAGGCUGGCUCCGAUCCCAAUCACCUAGACAACACAAUCGAAAAUCACAAUAUGGACAGCCUUUCAAAUCGCAUGAAAUAAAUAUCAAUAUUUUUCUUUAAAAAAUUCUUAUAAAAAUAAACUUUCAAUU